ACUUUAAAAUUUUGAAUUCCAAGGAAUAUUUGUCGUUUUUUUUUUUUUUAAAUAAAUUUAUAUGUUAUAGACCGGUAAAAAGCAAUUCUGUUUGAAGAUCAUUUAGUAUAAUUUAAUACUAACUAACGGUUUUUUUUCACCCCUCAAUGUUACAAGAAUCUCAGUAUGGCAGACAGACGUAACUUAGGAAAUCGCACUAAACAACAGGAACAAUCCCAAAAACCAAGGGUUCCUUGGAAAGGAUUGUCAAGAUCAAGACCACAACAAGAUAGCAAUGUAACUAUAUCGGAGAGUCGCAACAUGUAUUCUUCAACAAAUCAAUUUAGGAGACCCAAUUUGGACACUACUUUAGCCACCCCAUCGUCAGCUUCUGGUAGUAGAGGUCGUGGUAGGGUUAAUUUAGAUUCAACUUUUGCGGCCCCAUCAGUCCCAAAACGCUCAUUAAAUAGGACUGCUGCUAGUAACAGGACUAGUACUUUCGCAAACAAAAAGGCUGAUUUACUCUAUAAUAAUUAUCUACAGGCUUUAAUGAAACAGGAGGUGGCCAAGAAAACUAUUAAAGAACAUGAAGAAAAGAUAAAUGAUCAAAUAUUAAUUCAUACUAAGAAGUUAUAUUCAAUGCAACUCUUCUUAGCGGAUAUUAAUAAGCAAUUGGAGAACCUAGAGGAGCAAGAGAUUAUGGCACAGCUACUUGAAACUUUAAAACUAAAAGUGAAUGAAGUUGAUGAAUUACUAGAGAACUAUAGUGCUGAGAAUAAUGUGUUGAAACUACAAAAUCUCUUGAUAAAAGAGUGUGACCUUGUCAGUGUUAAAAAUAUUAAGUCAAUAGAGUCUCAAGAAGAGUUUGAUAAGUUAAUGGGAGUUUUAGGGAAGUUGAGAGAUCUUCUUCGAAAAAUCAUUAGUGAGAACAGCCAUUUAGAGGAAAUACAUGAUGUGACCGAAGAUUUUAGGCAAUUUAAAAAACUUAACAGAGAGAACUUGGGUAAGAUAGGGAAAAUUGAUGAGGUAAACAAAAAAACUGCCAGGGAAUUGAGUAAGGAGUUAUCUGAUUAUUUUGCUAAAAAAAAUGGAUAUUUUUAAGUUAAGAGUUGAGUGAAAAUAUUUCUUUUUUAUGUAUAUAGAUUGUUUAAUUAAAUAUUAUUUAUUUUCUAUUA